CUUGAGAAACGUGAAAUGUUUUGCUCCAAAAAUGGAUUUUUCUAGCUCAGAAAAUGCUGAAAAUAACCAAGAAAAUGGCAUAGAGGACUGCCAGGGAAUAACAGAAACUGUUGAUCCGGAUUAUGUUUCUAUUUUACCAGAAAAAUUGCAAAGCAAAGUGUGUUUAAGUGAACAACAACAAGAUGCCAAGGACAACGCUGUCCAAAAGAUCAAAAAUAUUGUACGAAAACAAUUCACUAUGGAAAUGCAUUUAAAAGAACAAGAAAUAGAGACUAUAGAUCAGAGAAUUCGACAAACUAAAACUUCUCUUGAUAGACUAAGAGCAUGUAUCCUUGCAAGGUAUUAUGGAAUGUCACAAGAUUUUCAAGAAGAAAGUUUGAUCAGAUCUUUUGCUGGUAAAAGCAGUUGGAGCAAACCCAGGCGGUCAAGAAGAGAAUGUGCUAACAAUCAGUCCUCGUCUAAGGUUCUGAAGUCUAACAGAAGUAAGCUGUUGAACAGUACAGGGAGUUUUUCUGCAAGAAAUCUUGGAAAUUCACAGCUGUCACCUUCAAUGGACAUCAAUGCUAACAAACCCCCUUUAGGAAAAAAAUCUUCAAGCUUUGAAGACAAUAAAAACCCAGUUAGCAGUGCUUUAUUUGACUUUGAAAAUACAGCCUGUGUAAACUUAGAAAUGACCAAUGGUGAAGCUGAAAGAACUUCAGUGGUAGCUAAAGUGAGUGCACUGGCGACAUCUGGGAACUCCAACCUGUCAGCCAGUAUGACAAAGGGCAGUCAGCAGCAAUCAAUCGUAACUUCAGACAUUUCAAUAACUCAUUCAAGUGUUGCAAGCACAAGUAGUUUAGGAAGUCAUUCAAGUAGGUAUUUAGAUUUAAAAGGAAUCCAGUUGAAUGCAAGUGGAACCCAUUUAAGUGCAAGUAGAACCCACUUAAGUGCAAGUGGAACCCAAUCGAAUGCAAGUGGAACCCUGUCAAGUACUUCCUUGCAAAGAUCUAAUUUGGUAGAUACUCAAGCUAAGAAGGUCAUGAAAAGCCACUUAGCUGUAACAAGUUCUGAAGAAACCUCUAAGAAUUCGCAAGGAAGGCAAUUAAAUGGCUCAUCAAUUUUGAAAGUAACCCAUAUGAAUGCUACAAAAGAUGCUGUAUCCCAAAGUAAUGCGUUUGGUUCUGGUGCAAGAUUUUAUGUCAAGAAAAGAGUCAUUAUUGGAAACACGUCGAAGUACAUCCCUCCUGAAAAGCGUGAAGAGAAUGACAAAUCUACCCAUAAAUGGAUGGUAUAUGUUCGUGGACCCCCAGAGGACCCCCAUAUUGAUGUUUACAUUCAGAAGGUAUGGUUCUUCCUGCACCCCAGUUAUCGCCCUAAUGACAUAAUUGAGGUCAAUAAGCCCCCUUUCCACCUGACGAGGCGAGGCUGGGGUGAGUUCCCAAUCAGGGUCCAACUACACUUUGUGGGUACGAGGAACAAGAGGGUUGAUAUUAUCCAUGAGUUGAAGCUCGACAAGACCUAUACAGGUUUACAGACCCUUGGUGCUGAGACAGUAGUGGAUCUGGAGAUUGACAAAAAGACAUUUGAAGAUCUUGGAAUCCCUGUGUCUUGGGAAAUCCCACAAGACACUAGUUCAGCUAGUGAUACAACAUCAAAAACGGAUAUUAAUAGCAUUAAAAAUCCAGAAGUUGUGAAGCUUAAAAGAGAACAUUCUUCUAGUGCAACAAGUUCCGAAACUGGACAACUUCCAGGCGCCUCAUCAAUUAAGAGGUCAAGGCUGGAUACCCCUAUGUCUUCUGUUGCAUCUACGCCAUGUGGGAGCCGAAUCAGUUCAAGAUGCGCAAGUCCAGUCCUAAGAAAUACCUCAGAAAUCCUUGAAGAUGGAACAGAGGAUUACUUGCAUAGCUUUGCUGAGAAAAUUCCUCUCAUUUCAUCAAAGAAAGACGUUGUAAAGCACCCAUUCAGUGCAAAAUCGGCGGAAGAGUUCUUGUCGUGGAAUGUCGGCAAAAGACGAGCAGCUGAGUGGCAACGAGCCGCAAAAAUUCGUGCGCAAUUUAAAAAAUGCGCGCAAAAUACGGACAUGACGACGAAGGGCGUGAUGAUUUGGUGCAGACGGUUUGGGUACACUCCUCAAGAGAAUCUCGUGACAGACGAAAAGGUUGAGUACUGCAAGAUCUGCGGUAAGAUAAUUGAGCAAGUCACAAAAGAGAACUUAGACACAGGAAUAGUUUUUUCUUGCACUGGUGAAAAAUGUUCAAAAGUAGCCCAAAUGGAGCUGUCGUCUUUGACUCUUGUUGAAGAUAUUUUAAAAGAAGUUGAAGACAAAGAAAAACUCUUUAAUGAAACCUCAAGCCAGAAAGAGAGUGAAGAAGAUGUUGACAUUGAUGUGGUUAGUUCUUUCGACACUAAGAAACCUAGUGUGUCGAUCCCGAAUUCCUUAGGAACUAUAAGCAUCCCUCUAACACCACAGCAACAAUGGAUCAAAGACAUCUGUAAUGACAUUAGUAUUAGUCUUAGGCCAUUAACCAUACAAAAUGUCGAGGUCAAUGCAAUUGAGAGCAUGUUGCUAAAACUGGCCAUGAAAUUUGCUGAAACUUUAUUACGCAAAGCAUCGUCAUUAAGUAAAAAGGAUGACGCUUCUCUCGAUCCAAAUCUCAUUAUCCCAUUUCAUAUUUAUCAAGCAAUUGGCUCUCUUUCUUUGUGUGACUUUAUGGGGAAUGCUUUUUUUGGCCACGCCUCAGAAGAUCAGCCUUAGCACUGGCCUAGAAAGACUUUAAACAAUUAUUUAUUUGAGUUUUUUUUGGAAUAUAAUGGAAUAUAAAUGUAGGCAACUGAGAAAAAAUUCUGAGUCCCAGAGCAUCCGACUAGUAUAUGGAAGGUCGUGGGUUCGAUUCACAUCUGGGGCUCAGAAUUGUUUCUGAGUUCCCUUUAGUUUCAACAUUAACUAUUGACAUAUCGUUAUUAAGCAAUAUGAAUAUUGAAAUAAAAAAAUUCUUUGA